AUGACCGGCUUGCCGAACCAGUCGGCAAGUCGAGUUGAUCGUGUUGUAAGUCGUAUUGCAAGUAGAGUAACUUCGCGUUCUACCAUUAACCCUGGGCCACCGCCGGAUGGCGGGUUGAGGGCUUGGUUAUGUGUCUUUGGCACCUUCCUCGUCGUUAUGAACACAUGGGGCAUGAUCAACUCAUUUGGCGCUUUCCAGAGCUACUACAUCACACAACUCAACCGCAGCCCCUCGGACAUAUCCUGGAUCGGUUCCAUAGAUAUAUUUUUCCUCUUCUUCAUCGGCACCUUCACCGGCCGCCUCACAGAUGCGGGCUACUUCCGGUCCGUAGCGAUAGUCGGCUCCGUCCUCGUCGUCGCCGGAACCCUGUCGGCGUCAGCAUGUACACAAUAUUGGCAGCUUCUGCUAGCUCAGGGGGUCUGCGUCGGCCUGGGAAACGGAUGCCUGUUCUGUCCCGCUGUUGCCCUCGUCUCGACGUACUUUGCCAAGCGACGCUCCUUUGCCAUUGGAAUCACGGCGUGCGGGAGCGGUGCGGGAGGCGUGAUCUUUCCUAUCGUUAUUCGGGAGAUGCUGCCGCGGGCCGGAUUCGGCUGGACGAUGAGGACGCUCGGGUUCAUCCAGGCCGCCGCGCUUGUCACCGCUCUUUUUUGCCUCAAGCCGCGGGUGCCGCCUCGUAAGACGGGGAGCUUUGUGGAGUUGGCGGCCUUCAAGGACUUGGACUAUUCGUUCUAUGCCGCAGGGGCAUCUCUGUUCUUCUGGGCGUCGUACAUUGUCUUCUUCUUCCUAGCUGCAUAUGCACGCGACAUCCAGGGCGUCUCCUACGAUCAAUCCCUCGACCUCCUCAUGAUCACAAACGGCGUCGGCAUCGUCGGCCGCCUGCUCCUGAACCACCUCGCAGACCACGUCGGUAAUCUGACAAUGUUCGUCCCCACUAUCGGCGCCGCUGCGCUCCUGGCGUACUGCUGGGCGCCCAUCGCCUCACGGGCGGGUCUUUAUGUCUGGGCUGCGCUGUGCGGCAUCGCCCUCGGCGGCAUCCAGGCGCUCUUUCCCUCUGCGCUAGCGUCGCUGACGGCCGAUCCGCAGAAGCAGGGGGCGCGCAUCGGUAUGGUGUUUACGAUUGUGAGCGUAAGCGUGUUGACAGGGCCGCCGAUUGCCGGGGCACUGAUUUCUGCGAUGGGGGGCCGGUAUCUAGGUGCGCAGAUGUUCGCGGGGAGUAGUUUGACCCUGGGGAUGGUGUUUAUAUUCUUGGCGAGGGAGGCGAAGCGGAAGAGGAUGGGAGAAUCGUUUUGGGCAAAGGUCUAG